UCUGUAGUUUGCAAUUUUUACAGACUGUUGGAGUCUGUAGUUUGCAAUUUUUACAGAGCGUUUGAGCCUGUAGUUUGCAAUUUUUACAGAGCGUUGGAGUCUGUAGUUUGCAAUUUUUACAGACCGUUGGAGUCUGUAGUUUGCAAUUUUUACAGACCGUUGGAGUCUGUAGUUUGCAAUUUUUACAGAGCGUUGGAGUCUGUAGUUUGCAAUUUUUACAGACUGUUGGAGUCUGUAGUUUGCAAUUUUUACAGACUGUUGGAGUCUGUAGUUUGCAAUUUUUACAGACUGUUGGAGUCUGUAGUUUGCAAUUUUUAG